GUUGGCGAUGAGUGGACUCAGUGAAUGAAUGGGCCCGAGGCCAUGUAAUAGAACAAGCUAAAUAGGAAAGAGAGUGGAGCGAAGAGGGGUAUGCCUAAACAGAUAAACACUCUGAGAGAGACCUACAAUCCUGCUAUCGCACUGGAUUCCCAUCACCACUUCACGCGCUUCCAGAAACGAGCAGGUGCCAUGGAUCCUCAAUGGAAGCUCCUCCUCAACGAAUUCAAGGGUCUCGGUGAUCGCUUUGAUGCGGUCGAAAAGCGCAUCGAUGGGGUCGAGCACACCUUGGGCUACAAGUUCAAGUCGAUCGAAGAUGCGUUGAUCAUCCUCGACACUUGGAAGCUGCAGAUCACGUCGGCGGUGGAGCCUCUACAACUUGAGAUGGGUGUGCUUCGUAAGCACAUCGAUCAGGUUGUCGUCGACAGCUCAGUGGCAUCUGUGGGACUCUUGAUGGCACCAGAGAUGGUUGGCCAGUGCCCAUCUAUUGGAGACACCGCCAUCGGUCCUAAUGGGCACCACGAACAAUCCGAUCACCGGGAGAAUGUGUUUGGGUCGGUCACCACCCUCUCACACCCCGGUCAGAGGUACCACUCCAUUCCCCAGCCAGCAAUGUUCUUCUGGAUCUCGCACUUUCGAUUCAUUGGGCCACCCAUCAUCCAGUUCAUGCUACACCGGACACUGAUUACCUAA